AUGCUGGACGUGACCGACACCCGAUUCUGGACCUCCCUGUUCCAGGCGAUGCGUGCCGGCGCCAUUCGCCUGCCAAUCUCAGAAGGGGGGUGGGGGGUUGAGGGGAAGAACAGGGGAAAGGACAGAGCCGCGCUGGAACCGCAACUAACCGAUUGCCGGAAACACAAUGAGAAAGGAUGCCUUGCCGAGGAUUGUCGUAAUCAGGUAGAUGCCCAGCCCGACCUCGAUGAUGCUGGCCAGGAUGUCGUGGAACUUGCGGAGGCCGAGAGAAAUGCCCUCGACAUCGGUGCUCAUCAAGGUCGCGGCGGCGAGUUCUCUGGCAUUGCGCUGGUCUAUGGCCAGAGUCUUUUUGAAUAUCUCGGACACGAGCACCCCGCGGAGCAGGGUAACCAGCCUAUUGUUGAGGUGGUUGUAGCUGGCGCCGGUGACCUAUGCUCUCGCCGUGAUGGCCCCGAUGAGGCCGUUUCUGACGCUGACCGAAGGGUCGUCCUGGCCAAGGAAGCCGACGAUGCGCCGCAGCAACAGGGGCUGGCUGAAGGUGAAGGCGGUAUACAGCAGGCGCGGGACGAUGACGGCGAGAAAGGGGCCGAGGAGGGUCAGGAGCGCGGAUCGAAGCAGCGCGUAGGACGAGUGCUUAUCUGGCCAGGUGGGCUCGAAGCGGGCGGAGAGGUGCUGGGCGGAAAAGUCGUCGCCCAGGCAGCCCAGGUCGUCGAUGCGCAGGACGGUCCUGAAGCCGAGGAGAAAGGUCGAGUUGAGCCACAGGAACAGCGAGCGGUUCCAGAAGCCGCUGGUGGCCUCCUUGCUCAGGGACCUCCGCAGGGCCAGGUCCUGGAUGUGCGUGCGCUUGGAGAACUCCUGCAGCAGCACGAGGGCCAGCUUGGCGGCGGCGGCGGCGGCGGAGAGGGCGCCGACGGCGUGGAGGUGCGGGCGGAGGAAGAAGGAGCGAGACUUGACGAUGUCGAGGAGGGCCGUCAGGCUGAGGUAGAGGCUGAUGAGGGCCGAGGAGCGGAACGAGUGGCGGUGCUCGAGGCCGACGGCGGCCACGAUGCACAGCGUGCUGAUGCACACGAGGGAGAAGCCGACGAGCGAGGCAUCGGAGCGCGGCGCCGGCAGGCAGCUCCAGAGACUGAGCGUGGCGAUCUGGAGGCCGAGGAGGAGGGUCAAGACUGCCUGGUGGUUUUGCGACGUGUGAGCGGACUGCGGCGAAGCGAGGAAGGGGACGUUCAAAACGGCAUGCUCGAAAAGCAGGGUGAAGUCAAAGUGAGAGGCCAGCUGCGGCCCAAACGUGUCGUCGUCUGCUCCCUGGCGUCCGGCUCCGGCUCCGGCUCCAACUCCAACGCCGACUCCAACUCCAACUGCAACGGCCCUAGACACGAGGUCCAUGGCUCUGCUCUGGAGCUGGGCUGGGCCGGGCUGGGCUGGGCUGAGCUGGACGCUGGACGCUGGACGCUGGACGCUGGACGGGACUGGCCUGGACUGGAACUGGUGGACUAG